AUGUCCAUUUGCAUCGCCUUAGGGCCUGAAAAUGCCUACUUUGUCAACGCCUCCAAGCGCUGGGCGUUUGACAUCCGAGAGAUGGCUCUCGGCCCCAACGAAUCUUUUCUGGUUUUAUACAUUGAUAGCGAUGGCACCGACAAGCUUCACUAUAGAAAUUUACCAGCCGGCCUCCAAGGGUGGCUGAUCAGGAAUGGUGCCAGCGUGCGCCACCACGCUUCCCUACAGUGCUCUCUUGGACCAUAUGGUGCUUUUUUCGCCGUCGACAUCAACGGGACGGUCCGGGGAAACCUAUCAGCUGCCAUGGAGAAUGCUUGCAAAGAGCGCUCUCUUCCGAAUGGAGUCUGGAGAGCAGGAACAAUGCCGACCAGUGCCACGUUCGGUCCUGAUGGCCAAUUCUUUAUCACCACCGGUGGCGGUGGCGGCUACUGGAAUCUUGCCGGGACAAAGGGUGAGCUCAAUAAAACCCUGGAGGCCCUGAAUAGUCUGAAGGACAUACUUGAGAGGCACUGGUAUAAUCAAUGGCGAGGUUGGAGUGCGGCUGUCCCCGACUUCAAUAAUUUUGAGGCCGACCUACAAGAACAUUUGCGGAAUCAGCGCGCCCCGGUUCAGACAAAGUCUGUGUCCCAGUUCCAGCCCCAGCAUACCCACCAGAGAAGGUCCAGCAAUAUAGUUAAAGGCAUGAACAUAGGCUUCAAGCUGAUGAAUAAUGUGAUGAGUGGCGGAGGUGGUGGCAGCGUAAAUGACUUUGUGAAUUAUAUACCAUCGAUACCGAUACCGACGAAUGGCUUCAACGCGGGCGACCCAGACUUCUGGACACCUAUACAGAAUGCGGCUGGUGGCCCUAUUCAGUGA